AUGCCUUUACAGUAUCUGUCUGGAGUAGACGUUCCACUUAGAACCAAUCUUGAAAUGGUUCAAAUUUUCAAGCGUCUCAACGAAACCGUGAACACCUUUGUGGAACCAUUCCCUUUAGAUCGUCUACAGACCAGAGAGGCCUCCGAAUCACCUCUGCCACUCAUAAAGAGUCCUUUGUCUCUGCUGCUCCCACGUCGAACAGUAAAGGAACUCGUGAAUACGCCACUUUCCAAGGCACUUCUCAACUACUUAUCUCCCACGUAUAUUGCAGACGAAAGUUUUUGGGCGACAAUGCUGGGGAACCCAUUACAGUUCAACAUAACGGGAAGUUUCGACGGAAAACGAAUACUAGCCUUCCAAAAAUUGUAUGCUUUGGAACAUCCAGUGGAAUUUAAUGAUUACACAUCGAGUAUUGCUGCAAUGAACGGCUAUAUAUCCCGAUAUCAAGUCUGGACUAUUGAUCACUGCAAAGGUGCGGAGGUCGUCAGCACAACGCCAGAUGAGGUCGAGGCGCCCUAG